AUGUCGCUUGAUGUGACAUUGGAAAAUCUGAAUACGACACUUCAACAAAUUUCCGAUUUAUUGAAGACGGUGGAAAUUGCUAUACUCAUAGUGGCUAUUGCAUUAUCUAUUUUGUUGAUUGGUAUGACAGCAAUAUGUUACUAUUCGAAAUACAAAAAAUACAGUUUACUCCGAGGUGAAGACGAACGGAGUGAGAACUCGCCGGUGUCAAAGGCAAAACACACCUCCUCUGCUUGUUUUAUACCCUUGAACGAAUGUCGUCAAGAUGAAUUGUUGUUCGAUUGA